CUGAAAAAUUCCACUUGGAAGAGUGGAUGCGACGAUCUGAUAGCGUCGGGCAAGACAGAUACGAAGGGAUAUUUUGAACUUCGUGGACACGCGGCCGAAUUUACAACCAUCGAUCCAAAGCUCAACAUAUACCAUCGCUGCCAUGGCGGCGUUCAUCCUUGCCAUCGAAAAAUAACGGUGAUGAUUCCCGACAGGUAUGUCAGUCACGGUAAAACUCCAAAAACGAUUUACGAUGCUGGAACAAUUGAACUUUCUGGCAAAUUUAAAGGUGAAGAGCGUGAUUGCUUUAAUUGA